AUGAAAGUUGAGCCGGUCCACAAGCCUUUGCACUAUGUGAAAUUUACGCGCUGUCUGUCAUCUGAUUUACGUUUGGUCUUGUUCGAAGGGCAUGGUUUACAGCUGUUUGGUUGUAUUCGUAGUUUAAAGGAUGUAUUCUGGGGUACUGGGAGUCAAACGAGUCAGGCUAUCCCGACCACCCGCCAUGUCAUCAACGAUGUGGCCCUCGUGCCUCAAGAUUAUUCUACAACACCAGGAGGGACACUCUUCAGUAUGACCCCUGGAGGUACCAGAAUCAUCUACGACAGGAAGUUCCUCCUUGAGUGUCGAACCGCCCCUCUGGCGCGCACCACUCCCUGUCGCCCUGAUAUCCCAGGGGUAACCAGCCCCCUCUCAGACAACACAACCACUGACACAGCCCACCCUAAACAGACCCCCAACAACCUCAUUCCACCACCAGACAAUAGUGCAGGGAAGGAUGCUCAAUUUGAAAUGGACAUUUAG